CAAUUCGAGUACUUUUGAAGGGGGGUGACUUCCUGUGGACUAGAUCAUCAGCUCAAGGAUGCAAAGCACUCAGAUUGAUAAGGCAGAUGCCUACCGAUGCUUUGCAGAGGCUGUCAAAGCAGAGAAAAAGUUGUGGACUAUGAUACACUUGAAGGGUCCGUUGGACCCUGAGCUUCAAGAACUGCACCGAAAGAUACGUAUCAGUUAUGAGGGUACAAUUCUCAAAGACCAUGAAUUUGCUGCCAUUAAAGAUGUUGAGCAUGCCCUUUGGAGGCUGCACUAUAAGCAAAUAGAAGAAAUUCGUAACAGAAUCCAGGCAAGUACUUCUCAUGCAGAGUGUAUGAACCCUUUGAACUCCCAAGGUUCAACUGAUGAGCUUCUGGAUGGGUUCAAAAAUUUCUUGUCAGAAGCCAUGGAAUCUUACGAGAAACUGAUCCUGAAACUUGGGGAAAGUAUUGGGUUCACAAAGAAUUUUUUAAUGUUUGGCAAGGCUAACUUUUACAGUCGGAAGGAGUCAGCUGAUACUCAAAGGUAUCGAUUAUCUUGUCAUCGAUGCUUGAUUUAUCUUGGUGAUCUAGCUCGCUAUAGAGAACUUUAUGGAAAUCCGGAUAUCCAAAAUCACAACUGGUCGGUGGCAGCCUGCUACUAUUCACGUGCUGCAGUUCUCUGGCCAGCUAGUGGAAACCCACAUAAUCAGUUGGCUGUUUUAGCUACGUAUGUCAGUGAUGAGCUCCUAACCCUAUAUCACUGUGUCAGAAGUCUGGCAGUUGAAUCACCUUUUCUUAAUGCAUGGGAUAACCUCAUGUUGUUGUUUGAGAAGAAUAGCCUACCACGUUCACAGGACUAUACUGUCAAGGAGAUAGCUCUCAGACACUUGAAAUCAUCUGAAAUGGAGAAAGUAUAUGAUAAAUCACGAGGCAAUAUACUUGAAGCAGUUAGAGAUAAUUUGGAAUUUAACAAAUACAAGCCAAAGACUAUUUUCUGGAGUCGUUUUGUUCUAAUGACGAGCAUAAUCUUCACAAAAGCAGGGUUGGAGGAAUUUCACAAUGUAUGUGCCUCAACUCUAAGUGCAUUGGAAAGUUUGCUCUCACUUAACGAUGAACAGUUGACAGUGGCGCUUAAGUCAGAAGGCCAUGUACAAAUUGAAGCAGCUAAAAGCAGUUCUUUCCGACCUCUGCAGAUUGUAUGUGUACUCAUCUUCACUUUGCAUCACGUGGGUCAAAGUCCCAAAUCACAUGGACAUGAUGAAAACAUACAUCAGCCAACUCUUAUGACAUCAGCAUGUCAUGCUGCUUUCGGAUGCAUGGCUCGCAUCAUCCAUAGAUGUGUGGCUUAUGAUGCCAUGCACAAGAGCCCCCUGUUGCCUGCUAUCUUGGUCUUCUUAGAGUGGUUAGUGUGCAAGCCCAACAUGGAAACAAUGAAUGAGGCCGACCCGGAAUGUUCAGGUGCAGUCCAUUACUUCUUUUCAUGCUUAGUGGCUCUUCUUAACAAGAUUAGUUGCCCUAAAGAUGGGGUUGAAGACCCUUUGGUUAACUCUCGAACUUCCAAGCAUGUUGCAUUAUGGGAAGACUGUGAGCUUUAUGGCUUUUUGCCUCUUAAGCUUAAUUUUGAGUCACUAGAUUUCUCGAAAUUUGUGUGGGUGGAAGUUGAGGGUCAUGAAAAUGAGGUUCUACUUACCCAAAAAAAUGAAAAUGAGGUUCGGAAGAGUCGUAUUCUCACUGCUGCGUUAAAGAUUGUUGAUACAACAGAUAGAAACCCAAAGUAUAUUCAUUAUGAUGGGUCAAAAAAUAUUUUUUAUACAGAUGAAUCAGUGAGAACAAACAGGGACGAGUUAGUGAGAGAUACUAGAGAUUUGGGUCCUCUUCACACAUCAGAAAACAAAGUGAAGAAACAUGAGAGUUAUUCUGCAACUGGGAAAACCAAUGCCCUCGAGAACUCUAUCCACGGAGAAGAAGAGGAUGAAGUGAUAGUUUUCAAGCCUGCAGCAAGGAAUGAGAACCCAUCUUCAUUGGGUGUUCCCUAUCCUCCAUGCUGGGACAAUGAGGGGACAAAUGAAGCUGAUAACUACCUGGGUUCUUCUGAUUUGGCUGAUUCUAAGCAACACGAGUCUUUCAGGUUCGAAGUACUCGAUGCCGAGGGUUCUGUUAGCUUACCAUUUACUCACACUACUGUUCCUUUGUCCUCAGAAGAAGGGGAGUCACAUGGACCACGGCUUGAACAAACAGAAACUUUGAGGCCAUAUGGAUGUGGUGCCCCUUCUCUUCGCACUUGGGCUCUUCCAAUAGACAAAAAGGGGGGCCCUUCAGGAGACCAAGCUGUACCAAUUUCAAGUAAAAGUUGUUGGGUAAGUGAGGACAUCUGUUCUACCAACUUAGCCAGGCUUUCGAUGCAUGAAGACCCUUGGACCUCACCAUUUCUGGCCCACAAAACUGGUGCUGAUGAUUUCUAUUGUUCAUCUGAAGUUCUUAAUUAUCAUCCAUCUCCAUACUCAGCUCCACUUCCUUCUGCACCGAUGUUACCAAUGGCCGAUACCAAUGCUUCUUUUAGUAGGGAUUUUGAUUCAUCUUAUGCCAGAUAUCAAGAUAGUUUCCCUUUGGACCAUAGGGAACCGAUAACAUUUCCAAUGCUUUGGGACUCGAAAUACCAGGGAGAAAUGGCCAGAUAUGGCAAUAUACCAACAGUCAAUCAACCAUAUGGUUAUACCCCUUAUUCAACCCCUUCUAAUGAGACAUUAGGGAAUCUUCAUGCUUCAAGGUUGGGUACUUACGAUGUUUGGGUGAACCCUUCAGAUUCUACAGAAGGUCGUUACCCUAAUUCAUUGUUUCCACAUGGUAGGAGAGGGGGCUUUUUUGAUGGGAAUCAGGCAUUGGACCCUUAUCCAUACGCCUAUGGUGGUGGAUUGGACCAAAGGUCUCAACAUCAAUUGGUAUUACAGUACCUUAAAGAACAAGAAUGGCACCAGUCACAACAGCCACCUCAUUUGAGGGGUCACACCUAAGUGGGUCUUCACAUUGUACAUAUGACUAAGCUUGUAAGAUUUCCGGCUUUUUCAUUGUAUACAUAGAGGUGCAUCCUCUAUUUGUUUAGGGAAAAUAUACCACAGCCAAGUGGACUAUGAUAUAUGGUACUCCAAGGCUUCAUCUACCUUCUAUUGCUGCUGAUGGAUGGUUGUAGAUUAUUAGAAGGGAACCCACCAAUUUGGUUGCAGUCACCAUCUCUCAGUCGGAAUGGAUGGUGAAUACAGCCUUGGAUGCCACAUGCAAUUUUAGUCCAUGGGACCACGUUAUGUUUUUCCUAGAGAAUUGAAGAUCUUUGUUGUUAGUUUUAUGUGUAUUUCCUGGGUCUAUCUGUAAAUUUGUAGAUUGGAGUUCACUUUGUUUUAGCCAGAGCCUGGGCUGUAAUAUUCUAUCAUGAGCUUGCAUGUAAUGGAAUGAGAAUGUUGCCUUUAAAUUAGUGUAUACAUACAUGUGAAUGUUUUAAUUAGUUAGGAUGUUGACACCA